AGACGAGCUCACUCUUUAACUUAUUAAGACAAGAAAACACUUCAAGAGAAGAUAAUUAAUGCACACAAAAGACGCAAGACAAAAAGGAAGAAUUUGUAGAAGGAUUUUUUUCACCGACAAAACAACAUUUUGUUAUCACUUGAAAUUAUUCUAGACGACUGAAUCUACUGUUUUAUUUCCUUUCAAUAUUUUAGAUUUUAUUUCUCUGCGUUGUGGCUUCGAAAGACAUGGAGGAAUCUGAGAAAGAGUCGCCGAAAAAGCCCCCAAAGGUCGUAAGAAAUCCAGAUGAGUGGCGUCCGUUUGGUACAUCAACUGCAAAGUGCAACUGUGGAAAGUACAACUUAAAGGACUUACCACAGUUGGAGAGGCUUCUUCCAGAAGAGUAUGACUACAAAUUGUGUGACUAUGAAGAGCUGGGAAGCUCAGAGAAAUUUAUAGUGACUCUCCGCAUGAAUCUUGCAACCAAGGAAGAGGCUCUCACAUGGAAGCGAUCGUUUGAAGAAAAGUCUCUCACCACACACUCUGUUGUUCAAGUCUAUUCCAAAGUCAGCUUGAAGCGAGUGUUCAAGGGUAUGUACAAGUGUAAGUUCAACCAGCCGUGGCGUGAGAAAAGACCUCGAAAGAGAAACCCGCAGUUUGAAGUGACGGAUUGCCCUAGUGCUCUUAACAUUGUCAUAAAGAAUUUUGCCAAGAGUGGACGCAUCAGAGCCAGUGAUCCCCACCUCCCUGGCUAUGCCACUCUCAUCCGGAUACGAUUCGCUCACAACCAUGACAUUGCAGCCCCACGGAGCCUACAGAAGCGCCCUCUCUGCCCAGAUAUUGAGAAGCGCUUUGAGGAAAUGUUCCGACAGGGCAUCAAACCAAAAGACGCACUGGAUAAACACAAGCGUGAUCUACAGGGACAGCUGGGCAUGGACCACUACCUGUCUGUGGCUGUGGACGGCUUCUAUGUGCCGGACAAGAACAAAGUGUACAGGAUGUACACCAAGGUCAUGGGUAAGACCAGCGCCAAAACCACCACAAAACGGGUUUCCAAGCACAACCCAGACGCAGACAUGAUCGCGUUUGACUACUGUGCCACGUCUGGGAAGAGCGUGGUGGUCAUGGAUCCAGAAGAGGAGGACGGGGAGGAUGUGGGAGGUGUAGAGGAUGAGGCAGAGGAAGAGAGUGUCUCACAGGACCACCCGCCCGCAGGGAUCGGGGGAAGUAACAGCCUGGAGGUCGUGACUCCCUCGAGCCAGGCUGUGGUGGCGCCAGUGUGUGGGACAGUAGCAGCGGCAGCACCUGUCAUGAUGUCAGCGGACCGACGUCAUGAUGUGGGAGAGAUGCAGGUGUUUGAUGCUCUGCUGCCAGACGCCAGUCACUCCAUGGCACCACAAGGGCCCACGGUUGUCACAGAGGACCCAAAUAUCUCACAGACCUUAGGUAUGGUCUAUGAGAACGGCCCGGUGCAAAAUACAACGGUAUUGCCUGGUGGUCAGAUUUUGCAGAAUAUGACUGCGCCCGUCCUUACUCUUCAGAACAUGGGCACGCACAGUUUUGAGUACCACACACAGGCUGCACCUCAGGUUCGAACCAGUCACCAGAUGGUGCCCACAUCAAACUUUGGCCAGUUGACUCAUCUUCAAGCCCCUAACAUGACGGGCGGUAAUAUCCCCAUUCACUCUGGUACCUCAUCCUGUGCAGUGCAGCAAGGUGCUGCUAUACAGAGCCUGAACCAUCAGAAUUUCUCCAGCCACCACUACAACAUUGUAGCUAACAUCAGCUACCAACCAACAGCAGCACAGAGCAUCCUACAUCAGAACAUGAUGAAUCAGACACCAAUCAUCCAGAAUGCAUUCCAGCAGCACCCUCCCCAUCCUCCACCUCCAGCACCGCCGUCUCAACCAACCUUACCUCAAAACCUAACAGUUCAGAACAUCAGUCAGCAGUAUCAAACCCAAGCUUUCCGGCCUAUGCUGGAGGCUCCAGAGGUAAAACCGCCUCAGACCCAGGCGUGGUUGUCUCACAAAGGAGCCAGCAUUCGCUGUCAGCCGCCCCCGCUUAUUCGGAAGGGACUGGGUAGCAAGCUCAAUGCUCAGAAGAAACGCUACCACAAUCUGUCCAACCUCAAGACGGUGUGCAGAAAGAAAGGGAAAAGCGGCAAAAGCGAGUUUCGCGCCAACUCCUUCCGGAAGACUCUGCUGAAGAAGACGCCUCGGGUGGACCCCGUCACGCACAGCACAGCCUUCCAAGCAGUGCAGAACAUGCUGCUUCUGGACGAGAGUAAGAGACUCAACGAACGAUUCUCAAGGUUCUGCAUUGACCUUGAGGAAAAGAUGAACUCAAACCUGAAGCUCUUUGUUCCUGGCGUGCGGAAUUUGAUCAACACUUGGCAAGAUCUGAAGGAUGAUGAGGAGCGAGCGGCGGCUUUGAAGGAUUUUGGAAAAUUGGAAGAUAAAGUUAUCGAGGAGCAGAGGAGGAAAAAGUUAGAUAAUAUGAGGGAUAAAGGUGUUCAAGUUGUGAUUUUACCCCCGGCACCAAAGCCUACGUCUUCUUUUAAAAACUCAUCAUUGUCUAAGGCAGGGGAGGCACCUGUGCUGUUGAUGCCUGUCAAUGAGGUGCCACCGGGGCAGAAGAUUUUCGUUCUUCCUGCAAGCAGUCGAGUGGGCUCGAGCGGGACAAAUGGCAACGGGUCAGGUGUCACGGAAGACUUGAUUCUAGUCCCGGCUGACGUUGGCAUGUCAGCGCGAGAGAAAGCCUCUUUGCUCAAAUCUUUGAAGCCACAGUUGUCCAAAUUGAGACUAAGAACUAAGAAAUCCGUGUCGAGUGCUGUAAGGAAACUGACUGUGAAGCAAAAGCUGAACUCAGAGAUUCUGAAACGUCUUCGAGCUCCACCAAAGUCUGUUUCAGCAGUCAAGAAACAACUGGAAGAGGUGGAUCGUUCAAGGUCAUCGUCUCUGCGCUCCUCGAGUACCAGAAGUAGGAAAAGUCUGAGGGGGAAAAAUAGCAAUGAAGCCUCCAUGUCAGAAACAAAUGGUGUUGAGACAUCUCUGAAUUCCUCUUUAUCUCAGAUGACGCAGGUCACAGACUCUGAUGAGGAGGACUGUAGUCCCAGCUCCAGUGCUGACCCCUCUUGGAGUUCCAAGAUGGAACAAUCAAUGACUUCACCAGCAGGUGGUGCUCACGGCAAAGGGAAGAAGGGCCACAAAGUGACCUCAAAGAACGCAAGAGACAAGAGUGGCAUUAAGAUCUCUGUGGAGACUCUGAUAGGGCCAAAAAGUGUGCGGCAUUCCGUUGAAGGAAGUGCUGUGGAGAGUCUGCCAUCUGGAACGUGACCAUGGGUCAGUGCAGCAGCAGUUUGUGUGUCUCAUUUUGCAUUGUGAUGGUCUUUUCCUAACUCUCCCCUUCUUCUCCUUGUCCUCUUCCUCCACCUUCUUGCUCUACUUCUUUAUUCCGCCACCAAACUUCUGAGACAGUCAGUUUUAGGUUCCUCUACCAACAGUAUAGUUGAAGAUGCUUAAGUGAUGUGUUUGCACAAGGACUGAAUUUCCCUACCUUUUGGGCACCCGUACGCAUUAUUUAUACAUUUUCUUUGUCCCCAGUUUCUUCAAUGUUGGGUAGCAGCUAUUUAUGGAAUUUUGUAUUGGCUUCAAGCCAGGCCAAACCUUCUCUUCUUCUACUUCCAGCUGCCAAGAUGUCUUUUAUAUGCACAACAUGCAUAUUGGACUCCCACUCUUUAUGAUCUUAUGUGAAAAGACUAAGCUCUUUGUCUUAUCUAACUUAGGAUGUGAGUGAUAAUGAGCUGAAAAAUCCCUAAAGAAAUCCAUCCACCACUACUAUGCCUGUGAACUAGGCAUCGAAUCAUGCUCUCCGGCAUGAGAGGCAAGCUCCUUUUUCUCUAAAGUGAAGAGCUCCCUCUUGUAAUGGUAAUCCGGUUUCUGAAAUAUUUUUUUUCCUUGCACUCUGAAAAUAUUUAUGUCUCGGUCUUAUUGCCAUACCUUUUAUAUUCUUAGGUUUAAAUUUUAUUACUUGGCUAGCCUUUGUGGAAUUUUUCACCCAUAAUAUUGUUUCAAUUUACAUGCUGUCUGUGUUUCUUAAUCACCCUUUGUCCUGUUCUUGGAAAGAUAUAUUGAAAUAGAUGAAAAAACUAUACAGGUACUGAGGUAAUACUGCAGAUGCUUUUGUUGUUGGCAUGCUUUUGUGAUGCCAAAAUAUAUUUUUUUUUGUGCUGCCAAAUUGCAGGGAUUUUUUUUUUAGUAUUAAGAAAUCACUCAGAGAAAUUCAAGUUUAUGCAGCUUUGGUGUUCAUCUUGUUUUUUGCUGAUAUACAUGUUGGACUAUGCAUGACGGUGAAACAAAGCAGAAUUGAGGGUCCAGAGAAAGAAGGAAAUAAAUGGUCACUCGAACAUCAUGUGUCCUUUAGUUUUCGGGAAGGUGGGGAGGGGAGGGGUCCGAGGAUUCUGCUCGCUGGUUUUCACAUCUGACUGUGGAGGUGAAUUUCCCAGACUUUCACUCAGACUAUUUGCUGACUGUCGAAUGUUAUAGAUGCAAGAGGAAAUAUAAUUCAGCAGCAGUGUUUUUCAUUGUGUCCUUGAACUCUUUUUUUUAAAUCUCUUUUUUUCUGUAACUGUAUGCCUAGAGUUGUGUCAGUGCUGGCAUGAGAUGUACGCACUUUUGAGUUGGUUGUUUACAUACCUGCUUUCCAUUAAUUAAGGAUAUUUCAUGGGGUUGUGUUAAUAAUCCAUUAGCUUUGCUACAUUGAAGACACACUCAGCUUGAGACAUCCGUGAACAAUCUGUUAAGGCCAUUGAAUAGAUGUUCCUGAUUAACAUCAAGUUACGCCACUAUUGCGCUGAAUGUAGCGGAUUAUAAUGUAUGCAGUAGUCUUUGCAUGAGAGCCCUGUGUUUGAGAAUGGGGAGCAUCAAGUUACAUCAGCAUAACACUGAAUGCAGUGAGUUAUGACUUCGUAUAAUUAUAAUCAUCUCUGAAUGAGGCCCCUGUGUGUAUAGGGAACUAUGAAACUGGAGGAUUUUAUGCAGGCAGGAUCAUUUAUAUGUAUAUAUAUACAUAUAUUCAUAUAUAUGUGUGUGUUUGUGUAUAUGUAUUACAAAAAAUGUACUGUAUACAUAUCAAAGCUGCCAUAAGGUACUUGGCAACUCUUUUUAUAUUUAUUCACCUCUGAAAGUAGUAUCAGACAGAGCUAUUUAUUGUUCUCGGGACAGUUU